AUGUCUUCCUCCAAUUCUUCAACACUCUCACCACCCUCUGACGAUGAUACUCCCUCUUCUGAUCAGAGCCCACCAUCACCCUCAUCGUCAUCACCCUCGCCACCAUCCUCGUCCACCCAAGAUGAUUCUGAUGAUUCUUCAUCAUCAUCACCACCACCAUCACCGCCAUCACCGCCAUCACCGCCGCCACCCUCCCAAGAUUCCUCCUCCCCGUCAUCAUCAUCACCUCCAGCGCCGUUACCACCCACGCCAGCCUCACAAGAUUCCUCUCCUCCUGCUACCCGACCUCCAGGAUCAUCCUCCGGCGAGGCAUUAGUACCGUCUCCUCCAGGAACCUCACCAUCAGGGUCUAAGGGUCUUGGCAAUCUCUUCAGUGAUGAUUUGGGACACAUUGUAGCAUACGUUUCAAUAGGAGUUUUUUUUCUUAUCCUUCUCAUUAUUGCCAUUGUUUGCAUAAGAAGAAGGUCCAAAAAGAAGAAGCAGCAACAACAACAGAAGUUGUACUACUAUGGUGGAGAUGCACCUGAUCAACAAAAAACUAACUACUACUACAACAACAACAAUGGUGGGAAGAAUCAAAAUUACUACGGAGGAGGUGGUGGUCCAGCAAAUCAAGAACAUGUAGUGAGGAUGCCAAAUGGAAUGAUAGGGAUGGGAAUGGUUCCGGGUCCUAACGCCGGUGUUGGUGCUGCUUGGGGUGCACAGCAACCUCCUCAGAUGAUUAUGUCAAACGGCUCAGACUUGAGCUCGAAUUUCUCGAUGGGGCCUCCGCCUCUGCCUCCUCCGUCACCGGGUAUUACAUUAGGCCUCAAGGCUGGCACCUUCACCUACGAAGAACUCGCAGCAGCAACAGGAAACUUUGCAGAUGCAAACAUGAUAGGGCAAGGUGGAUUCGGUUACGUCUACAAGGGAGUGUUCCCUAACGGAAAGGAGGUGGCCGUUAAGACUCUCAAGGCCGGUAGCGGUCAAGGCGAGCGCGAGUUCCAGGCUGAGAUUGAGAUCAUCAGCCGUGUUCAUCAUCGCCACCUUGUUUCUCUUGUUGGUUACUGCAUUGCCGGUGGCCAGAGAAUGUUGGUCUAUGAAUUCAUCCCUAAUAACACCUUGGAAUAUCACCUUCAUGGUAAGGAUCUUCCUACCAUGGAUUGGCCUACCAGAAUGCGCAUUGCCAUUGGAGCUGCUAAGGGACUUGCUUAUCUUCAUGAAGAUUGUCAUCCUCGCAUCAUCCAUCGUGACAUCAAAGCUGCCAAUGUCCUUAUUGAUAGUAGCUUCGAAGCAAAGGUGGCUGAUUUCGGAUUGGCUAAGCUGACGACAGAUAAUAACACUCAUGUUUCAACUCGUGUCAUGGGAACAUUCGGGUACUUAGCUCCUGAAUAUGCAUCAAGUGGAAAAUUGACAGAGAAGUCUGAUGUAUUCUCGUUUGGAGUGAUGCUAUUAGAAAUCAUAACCGGGAAGCGCCCUGUGGAUCUCUCAGGUGCCAUGGAUGACAGCUUAGUUGACUGGGCGCGGCCACUACUGAUACGUGGGUUGGAGGAAGACGGCAACUUUGGAGAAUUGGUAGAUCCAUGUUUGGAAGGAAACUACAACAAACAAGAAAUGACAAGAAUGGCAGCUUGCGCUUCUUCCAGCAUCCGUCACUCUGCCAAGAAGCGUCCAAAAAUGAGUCAGAUUGUAAGGGCGUUGGAAGGAGAUGUGUCAUUGGAUGACUUGAAGAAUAUGGGUAAGGCAGGUGCAAUUGGUGGUAGCGGUGGUGGUGUCCUGAACCCUUCAGGAGGAGGGAGCAAUGACUAUGACACAAUGCAGUACAAUGCUGAUUUACAAAAGUUCAGAAAAACAGUGUUUUCAAGCCCGGAAAACACAAGCGGUAGUAGUGGUGAGAGGCCUUAAAACUACAACAGAUCAAUGAACCCAUCACAUCACUAUAUAUAAUUCUCCUUUACCCUGUAUGUAUGAACACAAAGGAAGGAGACUAUAUAAAAAAAAAUAAAAUAAAAAAUAAAAAAUAACAAUAAUCAAUGAAGUUGUGUAUGUGUCUUGCUCUUACCUGCAAGCUAUGCAUAAUUCAUUGGUAUGGGGAAGUGAGAGCUCGUCAUCUUGAGCUCGAUGACACUUUUAAUUUGUAUCAGACCUCAGUCCAUGAGACCUGCUUCAAUUAUUUAAUUUGUUAAUUGUUAUAGCUCUGUAAUGUGGUGGUGGCAUGGUGAUUGUUGAUGUGUACUUUGUUUUCUAUGGGCAUGCCUUGGAACGGUCUCAGAAAUUAUUAUAACUCUUGUAAUAGCCGCAAACAUAUAUGUUGUAUCAAACAAACUUCUGUGCAAGAGGGUUGGGGUCUUUUUUAUUUUUUACACUUGGGUCUUUUAUUUCAA